GUAAUAAGCUGCUUUUCUUGAUGUGUGUUUUGAUUGGACGGCGGUGCCGCGCCGUUUCCAUGACAAUCCAACAUGGCCGCUUACGGAAGACAGCCGGUUUUGUCAUCCACAUCACUGCAGAUCCUCUUUUAUCUGAACGGCUGGUAUUUCGCUGCUUUCUUCAUAGCCGAGUGUCUCAUGUUUGUCUACAAAGGUGUGUUACUGCCCUACACUCAAGCUAAUCUCACACUAGAUGUUGUUCUCCUGCUUCUCUUCUUGGGCCUCGAGAUCCUCCGACUCUUCUAUGGCUGGAAGGGAAACCUGUGUCAGCGCUCUCUGGCACUCUUUGUCAGUGUUUGUGUUCUGGUGCCCUGUGCAGUUCUGAGCGUCUACUACCUUAUAUUACAGACGUUUGUUUUACGCCUGGAGUUUGUGCUCAAUGCUGUAUUGCUCUGCUUUUAUGGUCUUGAGCUGGUUCUGGGACUGAUGACUAUCUCCGUUUUUUUAAGGGGAAAUAUUUAUUGAGUCUCUGUGAAGCUCUGACAAUCUCUGACGUCAAGACGAAAACACUUGGAAUACAACAAGCUGCAGUCUGUCAGGUUGAGAGCUGUCAGGAUUUGCC